AUGACAGCAUCGUCUGCGAUACCCACCUCAUGGUGGCGGCUGAUCCGCUUCAUUGCACGAGAAGACGGCGAGACCUAUUUGGGCCAACCGGUUGAUGACGUUUUGGACGUGGGGGUGGCGUACGCCAACCAGUCCGCGCCGAUCCGCGCCAAUGUUCUCUACACGCACCCACUCGCUGGUCACUGUGACCUCUCCGGCGUCAUCAAGACCGUGUCGACGUUGCUACCGCCUUUGCUUGCCUCAGAGGUGCGCACCAUCCGCGCACUCGGUGCCAACUUUGUACAGCCUGGUCAAAACGCUUUGGACGCAAUCAGAAAGCGACCUGUGAUUCCGAUCUUGUUCUACAAACCCAUCUCCACCUUAUCUGGACCGGGUCGGGAUAUCGUCAUUCCACCCUGUGUCGCAGAGCAAGCAGACUACGAAGUUGAACUUGUCGUCGUCUUGGGUCGCGACAUCAAAGACGUUUCUCCUGUCGAAGCGAUGGACGCCAUCCUAGGCUAUACGCUGUCCAACGAUGUAUCCGCCCGAACACGCAUGUUUGCCGUGCCCCAGUGGGGACUCGGCAAAAGCUUCGAUGGUUGGCUUCCCAUCGGACCCUGUCUCGUCUCCGCCUCGAACCCGCGCGGUAUCACGAACCGUGACAACAUCCACCUCACAACCAAGCUGAACAACCGGAUCAUGCAAGACGGAAACACCUCCGACAUGUUGUGGAAAACCGCAGAGACCCUAGCCGAAUUGAGUAAGGGUACGACAUUGGAAGCAGGUAGCUUGCUAAUCAUGGGCACUCCUCCAGGUGAAGGGUUCAAGAGACAGCCCAAGGUUUGCUUGAACCAUGGCGAUACACUCGAGCUAUGGGGAAGUGCUGGCUUGGGCAGCUUGAUCAAUUGUGUGAGAAGGCAAGCUCAGGCCGAUGAGAGGCCUGUGUUUAAGCCCAAGCUUUAA